UGAUGGGAUAAAUCUAUGUUUUCUCAGAUGACCCAUACACACUAUGUUCACGCAGAAAGUAGAUUGUUGAAGGAUGUGAGAUAUAAAUACUUGUUCGUAGUGUUUCGUUGCACGUUUGGUCGUAAACGUAAAUCAGAAGGUCUGAAUGUGAUUAAAAAACCGUGAGGACUCUAACUAAUGUGUUACCUUUAAGGUCUAAAUUUUUAAAUUGCCAAUCGAUGUUUCGCGUAAGAUUGGAGGGUCAACAAUACGUUAUAAAAUCUUACAACAUGACUCACAACCAUCCGUGUACUAGUUCGUGGAUGGUUUGUGAUCCGUUGAGUAGACGAUUGUCAUCAGAAGAAAAAGAAAACUUGAAACCAGUUAUAUUGCACUGUCAGUCGACGGACGAAGUUAUCGAAAGUAUUAAGGAAAGAACAGGUAAGCAGGUGACCGCUGCUGAUGUCAAAAAUAUGAAAGCUGAACUCUCCACUGGUAAGUGUAUAUAAAUAUAUUUCAGGUUGGACUCGGAAGCAGGUAUUGCAGAUGAUGCGACAAAACGGUCAAGUUAGAGAGCAUGCAGAAAAUGGAUCUAUUACGGCGGUAUGCUUCAGCAGUUAUGAUCAGAUACGGCUGUACAAUCAAUAUCCCGAAGUCGUGUGUAUUGAUUCUACUUAUAAAACUAAUAAUAAAAAGUGAAUAUGAUUUUCGUUUUGUUCUACUAUGUAGGUAUUCAUUAUUCCAGUUAGUGGUAACAGACAAUUGGGGUCGAGGUCGAACUGUUAUGUUUGCAUGGACAAAAAAAGAAAAGCGUGCUGAUGUUACGUGGAUUUUGGAUAAAUUCAAGGAGAUAAUGGGUAACACGACCAAAACAGAAACAUUUGUGAUGGAUUGCGCACGAUCUGAAAGCGCGGCUGUCCGUAUAACACACGGGCAUGCAAACAUUAUUUUGUGCGCCUUUCAUGUGAUUCGCGCUUUCCGGAAAAAGGUACACCAAUGGUUGGUUACAUAAAAUUUCUUUUAGACAAAUGAUAAAAUACUAAAAACCUACUUGACUCGACUGGUAACCGCAGAAACGGUCGGAAGAUUUAAUCAAUAUUACAGAAUAAUAAACCGCAGAGACAGUGAUAGGCCAGUACCUAUCACGUUUCUGGAUGCCACGUAAAACAAUGUGGGCGCGUGCCUUUUACGGCAGUGUAUUAACUUUGGGUAACAACACGAAUAAUCGUGUUGAGUCAUUAAAUAGGCAGAUUAAAAGAUAUGUACGCAAAAGCGACAGCUUGCACAAAUGCAUGUACAAGGCUUUUAAGUGGAGUUCAAUGACAUUCUCUAGAAAAAGCAUGGAAGACCAAAUAAUCAGUGGACGAACAUACAAUUAUGAUGCUCCACAGCGUCUUAUACCCUUGCUGAACAUGUUGACCCCAUUCGCAAGAUCCAAAGUGUUAUACGAACUAAAAAAAAUGCGUUUCGUUAACUUAGAAUAUGAAAGCGGCGAGUGGUUGUUUAUGCUUGACCGCGGACAACAUUACGAAGUAGAUGUAAGUAUUUGUGAAUGCAUU